AUGCCCUUCCACGCCCUACGCCCUUCGGUCAGACGCUCGGGGACGUACGGCUUCUCCUCCUCGGCGGAAGAGGUCGUGGAGAGAGGCGUGUGGGAAGACAUCGACGGCGGCCGUGUCCUGCGCGCUUCCACAUACUGGAUAGAACACCGCGAUGCACACGGUCUCGAGAAGUUCGAACCUGCGCACAACAUUGAGAUAGUCGAGCUCGCAGGGUACGACUAUCACGACGACGUGAACGGGAUCGUCCACACUAUCUUGUCGAUCGUCCACGCGCCAUUCAUAUCGGUCGCCCAGGCCCUCACACCCGAGAGCGCGCUCUCGCCCGUCGUCGCGAACCUCCUCGCCUCCUCGACGUCCCCGCUGUACACCGGCCUCGUGUUCCUCUCCCCAUCAACCCCAUCAUCAUACGAGCAGACGAUUGUCGAUCGCUUGGGGCUUCAUAUACCCAUCGUGGUCCUCCCGCGCGCUGCAAGGUCACGGUACCCCGCCACAUCACGGCUGUCUUCGCUGAGCCCACCGUCUGCUCUGUCGCUGCGUGCUACACUCUUCCGCGCACCUGACGCCCUCAAUGCAUUGAGAGGGGAAGCCGUUGACCGCUUCAUGCGCUGGCGCGAGGUUGAGCACAUCGCGAGCGAGAUUUCCGUCGCGCGGCAGCACUCACUCGCCGCCAGUGACCGGACGUGGAGCAAGGCGCAGUGGGAGGCCGAGUGGGAGGCGACGCUUUCGCAGGACGUUUCUCGGCGACUGCGCGAACGCCGCGGAACGGUGACAGCGGCGCCCAAGUUGCCUUGUGGGGUGCAAGGCGCGCUCGAUCCGCUACACCUGCCGUCCCUGGUGAUGUUCUCGCUGUCUUUGGUUGACCCGCUGAGGAAGCGAGUGUCGGCCUGGGUGGCAUCGAUACCUGCGGGGCUCGCCAUGCUCGGUGGGUUCUGCCUAGGACUUGGCAUCGGAUUCUACGUGCGCGUUUGAAGGCCCUCUCAUCGCGUCCAUACAUGGCAUCAUUUCCUGUAUCAUUGUAUGCGAGGUCAUCCUUCUUCGCAUACCCAUCUGACCUGGUCGUGUACCUUUGAUUUUCUCCCUCACGAACCCUUUACGCCUACUCACGUUUCUCUCCUUUCUCUUAACCUCGCGUUUCUCUCCUGCCUCACGCUCCAUUGAUCUCUAGACAUGGCAUCCGUAUCUAUGUAUGUAUUACCAGCUGUUGUAUGUUGUCGUGCUGUAUGUAGCUGGUGUGGAGGGUGGUUGGCUGUUUUUCAGAUGGUGGUUGCUUUGAAUAUAUGCAUAUGCGCAGUUUUAAGUG